AUGGGGAGCGGCGGCUCGGCGGGGCGGCUGGUGUCGGCCGAGGGGCCGGAGGGCGAGGAACAACGGCUGGAAGUACAGAAAGGCCGGAUCCCCGCCGCCCUUUGGUCUCAGAGGGGGCUGCGGAAGCUUUACCUGAGCGGUGUGGGGCUGCGGGAUGUGCCGGCCGAGCUGGAGGACCUGCAGCACCUCCGCACCUUGGCCCUGGAUAACAACGAGCUGAUGGAGGUGCCCGAAGCCCUGUGCCACUUGCCCUGCUUGGCUUACCUCUACCUGGGCCGCAACGGGCUGCAAGAGCUGCCGCCCACCUUCGCCCGCCUGCAGAGCCUCCGCUGCCUUUGGCUGGAGGGGAAUUUCCUCGCCCGCUUCCCCCGCGCCCUCCUGAGCCUGCCCGACCUCCGCAGCCUCCAGCUGGGUGACAACCGCCUGGUCCGCCUGCCCGCCGGGCUGCCCCGCAUGGCCGGCCUGCGAGGGCUCUGGCUUUACGGCAACCGUUUCGAGGCGUUUCCCCCCGUCCUGCUGCGUAUGGUUCACCUCCAAGUCCUUGACCUGGACCGCAACCGCAUCGCCCACUUUCCCGACCUGACCUGCCUCUCUGCCCUGCACCUCCUCUCCUACGACCACAACCCCGUCCAGCAGCCCCCCUGCGUAGGGGACGACGUUCAGCUGGUGGGCGAAGGGGCGCAGGAAUUCAUGGAGGCGCGGCAGGAGCGCCUGCAGAGCCUCCAGCACCAGGAGGAAGAGGGGGAGGAAGGCACUGAGGCUCCAGCAGCAGAUCCUGGGGAUGGCUCCCCACCGCUGGAGGAGGAGGAAGGCACCUUGGCAGCCCUGCCGGCCUCCCCGGGGGAAACAUGAGCCACCGUGUUGUAGAUGGAUACCCCCGGGGAUGUGUGGCAGGGGGAUGGGGAGCCUCCCCUGGGCUCCCAACAACCACCCUCCCCCAGCUAGGGCUGGGGAAGAAGGAAGCCCACAGCCUCCACGUGAAGGAAAACAGAUGAUCCGAGGACCAGCAGCUCCCAGUUGGGACAGUGAAGAGCUGCCGGGCUCGUGGAUCACCGUUGGGAUCCAUGAGCCCCCAACUUAGAGCAUCCCAUGUAACCACAGGGUGCCUUGGAUGGGGGGAAACGACUCUUUGCCGUGACGGGUGACCCCCCCAGACCCCACUUGCCUGCUGGGCAGACCCCAGCAGGCAGCACAGUGCUGCUGAGAGCCCGGCAGUCCCCAAAAGCACAGGGACCUUCCUACCACGCACUGCAGCUGCCCCACCACCUCCACACGUGGCUGGCUCCGUGGGGCCGGACAGGAAAAAAAAGCAAAGCUGAUUGCAUCCAUUCCAUGUGGACCUCUGAAGAAUGGCAAGGUUUGAGAGCAAAGGCACAGACCACUUCUCACCAGCAACACCCCAGUCCUGCUGCUGGAAUUGGGCUGGGGGAACAAGAGGUCUCCGCCGGGCUCCUCCCGGCCGUCAGGUUUGGGAAGGAGCUGAUGAAAACUCUGCCCGUCUCAAGACUGGAAAGGGUUUUGCCUCUCUAUGGGAAGAGGAGCCCCAGCUCUGGUUUUGUCUGCCCCAAAACGGGCACCAAAACCAGGGCUCUCACCUUGCCUUUCUUCUUUCCCACCCUGAGUGCCGUUUGUACCAAACACAAGCAAU